AUGCCGCCCAAAGCCUCAAGACAUAGAUGGGGGAGCGACGAACGUGACGUCCUGCACAUACUCUUCAUCGAAUAUCGACUCCAGGCCCUCGGCGGCUCCAAGACGGAAAUCGACGCUGGCACAGACAUUGCUCAUGCGCUCUUCUCGGAGCUUUUUCCAUGGGCUUCCAAUGAGCGAAACAAAGUUCGUGAUCAAUGGCGAACGCGUUUGGCUCCCAGAAGACCCUCUACAUGGAAGAGCGCUCACGAGAAGUCUCUUGUCAACUACACGCCCGAGGAACGGGCGAAUCGUGCCAGGCUCCGAGUGUUGAUUGUCCAGGCUGCGGUCAAUCAAGGGAUCAUUUUGAACCCGCCAACCUUGUUCCUGGGACUGCACAACGCCGCAAAGACGACAGCGCUGGCUGUAGGGCCUGUGACGAGCGAGGAGAUUGCCGCAGCCGCAGCUUCAGGAGGAAGUGCGCAGACCCAAGGAUCUCUUGAUCUCGGCAUCACAGUAGCUCACACGGCCACCCCUUCACCCAGGAAAACACUUGCCAAGCCCCGCCAGAAGGAUCGUAAACUACUCUUCUCCCCAGGAGAGGGAUCAAGAAUUACUCAAACUACCACAAAAGUGCAGAAAGAUCAAAUACCAGGCUUGAACAGCAAUAGCAUCUGCAUGGUCCAUCGUUCCCAGGUCGUUCCUUUCGAGAAUCGUGGUGAAUCGGGACUGGAGCUGAUUUCCAGAUAUCAAUGCCAAUUGGAUGAUUUGAUGGACUCCACAUCACCAGUCUGGCUUGCCGGUGGACCAGUGCUGAGGGUGCUUGUUCGCGACAGCUCGCAGAAAGCUGGCCGCAGUGCCUCCAAUGAUCGACAGGGCGUGCUCCGCGAUGUCAUGCUCUGCCAGUAUGGUGUCUGUUUCUCAUGCAACAUUGGCUCGCGGCGUGCAUACAAGCCUUACACGACUCCAUUCGUUCAUCGCAAGGCAUGUGUUGUGGGGAACGGAAAGAUUAUCUUCGCGCCUUCAGCUCGGGCAAGGAGAGACCAGGUCGUGAACUGCCUGGUUGAGGUUGAGCAGAAGUURGUCAACUAUCUCCUUCCCAGAGGCRAUGGGGUGGAAGGGGUGAAAAACACCCCAAUCAUGAGUUCAGUCUGCAUCGUUAGAAGUUGCGCCGUGUGUCGUACUUCGACAGAACUGGUGCCAACCAGGAAGCGCAUUGGAUAUACGAUGAAGCCUUCACGCCCGAGAGUAUCGAGCGCACUGAGCAGUAGGGGCUUCGUGAAACCACCACUAGCAAGCAAACGUCCUGGUGAGUCGUUACAGACACCGCUUUCGAAACGAAGGUACUUUGGCAACUCUAGUGGGAUUAAUCAACGACAGAUCAGAUCUCGAAACGUUGAGACGGGACAAGGCUCUGACAAACAGUCUGCACCUGGACAAUCUGAUCCAUCCUCGUCCGGGGCUGUAAAUGCGCACCAAAUUGGAACUGUAGGCACUCUAUCUGGAGGUAUUCGCACAAAGCCUGGAUUCGGGAAAGCGCAGCAGGAUCAAUCCAUCCCAAUAGGAGCUCAAGAGAAGUCCAAAACAACGAAGCCAUCCGAGCCGCCGCGCAGGCUGCAGAUGAUACAUCGCGAUCAGCUGUUCACAAACAUUGGGAACGUCGGUCCUGUUCGCCCUGACGAAACCAAAUGGUGGACCAAUUAUGGUUCGAUUUUCAAAGAAGGACCAGCUUGGGAGCAAGGUGGUGAGGCUGCCUUGGUCCUGGUCAGGGGCUCACCGGCAGGAAAAUUCGUCGAAUGGCAUCUUAUGGUGUGCAAUCCGAAGUACUGCCCAGACUGUCUUCCCGAAGGCUCAGACAACGGUCCGGGACCAUUUGGUGGCCGGCCCUUUGUCCACACCAGUGAGUGCGAACGCUCACCUCAGGGUACCUCUUUCAAUCCUCCACGAAACAGCAUCUUGAUCCGCCGCGAGACAGACUAUGCUCGAUCUGGCCCCAAAAAUGUAUGGUUCUCAGAGGAUGGUGAGCGGUUUUUGGUGGAAGCAUUGAUGUGCGAUACAUCCAGAUGUCGGUUCUGUACAACACAGCCGGCCUCGCCUUCUGGGAAUGGAGGUGCCUCGCGAGAGAAUGGGAGGGAUACAACGCCCAACAGUGGAAAGAGAGCCCAAGAGGAUCGUUCUAGCGCACCACCCAACAGCGGAGAGGCAUCUCAAGUAGACGGACGCGGCUUUGCAUUGCUCGAGCCAGGACGAGUCGACGAUACAGACGCUACUCUACGCAUGGUGCACUAUCGAGAUCUCACACCAAACGAGGACGAAGAUGGCUUCACACCGGACGGAGUCCCUCAAAUGACCACAGAACACAGGCACAUUUUUGCCGCACCCGAAAAGAUGUGGCGCUUAGGCGGCUCGGUAAUGAACGUGCUGGUCUUGGAGACGACACGCAACGGCCAACACAUUCCAGCCGCUGAGUAA